UGACAAAUUUCUCUUUUCUAAGAAUAGGCGCACCCUACCUUAUUGGGCAAUAGGGUCAAACGGCGGGCCUUUCUGCACCUCAACCCCAGUGAUCGCACUUUUGCUUCCUCCUAGCAUCUCAUCAUUAGACACUGACCACCUCACUGACCACCUACAAGCCAUGGCUCCAUCUAAGAAGAAGAGAAACCAGUCCAAAUCUAAACCCUCGUCAUCCAAACGUCGCAAGGUCAUGGAGACAGCUCCUGAGGCACCUGACCAGUCCGAGGAGGUUGUCCCUCAACCAACCAUUUCGCUCCAGACCCAGCCCGUGAGCCCAGUAGAUUCGUUGUCCAGUAACGUCUCCUUCAAGCUCCAUCAACGCCUCGAGCGCUAUGACGACCUCGAACCGUCCGGCAUUAUAGUCGACGUUGAGCCACCGGGUGAUAUCAAAGAAUAUGCAUAUAGCACAGUCUUGGGUAGCAAGAAGCUCCGAAUGGUUGAGCAGAGCAAAGUAGUGGAAGCGUUUAUGGCAAAAAUAGCUGAGCUCAGCCGCAGAAACAACAUGAAACAUGAGUGGGUAGGGCUCAUACAUAAUGCCAUUCUUCACAUGAACCUAGAGAAUAGGGUAGCGUUCAGGACUGUUGAAGAUAAAGAGUUGCAUAGAGACAUAAUGCCAAAGCCCAUACAGAGUCUAGAACACCGAUCUCGACCUGACAUUUGUGUUGGGCUGAGCGAGUCUCACCUACGAGAGAUCCUAUACAAAGACCCGGACGAUACAGCUGCGAAAGGAUUCUGGAACAAGUUGAAAGAAAAGGAUGGAGUGAUCAGUGAUCCAUACGCGAAGCCGCAGUAUCUGCGCUUCCCAUUCUUCAUCGUGGAAGUCCGGGCCGACUUUAACGGAGAUAACCUGCAUCAGGCCCAGAAUCGAGCUGCAGUUGGUGCUGCUGGUGCACUCUGGAUGCUUCAGAUGCUCUCUGACAAUAGGCGUGAUGAUAUGAAAAGCGCGAAGCCCAAGAAGGGCUUUGAUAUCACCAAUCUUCCGGUAUUCUCACUGGUUUCGGAGGGCGCAACGUUCCAACUCUGGGUUCAUUAUCGGAAAAUGGUUCCGGGGAACAGCACGGACAAGAUCGAGUACUGUUCUGCACAUGUAAAGUCAUGGCAUGCAACAGGUGAAAAGGCUUGUUAUAAGAUUCUGAGAAAUAUUUACGCCAUCUUGAGAUGGGGAGUUGGUGAAUACAGGAAUAAGGUGGUUGAGGCGCUCAAGUCAUAUGUGUGAUGGCUCUUCUUCGACUACUGAUUUUGCUGAGUCUUUAGUACUGACAAGAGAACAUAUGUUUCGGCUCUAUAAGAUCACAACCCCCUUCGUUUCUUGGCCUCAUGUUUCUAGCGAUUUUGUUUUGAUGUGGUUUAGGUGAAUUCAACAUCUCUCUGUUUCUGGUUACUGAUCG